AUGGCAGCCAAGGCGAUCAGACCUAGGAGCGGACUUCAACCCGGAGUGGUACAGCGGCACGAGCGUCGGCACGCCGGAUCCAAGGACCACGUGGCCUCCCACGAAGCCGUCAAGCGCAUACCGCGCCCCGAGCAGCGCCCACAGAGCGGCCCAGUAGCGCCCAGCGAGCGGCGUCAGUGCACCACCAGCGGCACCCACCCACGUGCCCACCAGGAGCACGCACAGCGCGACCACCGCGCCCUCAGCAGCGUCACCCGCGCCGCCAGCCGCGUUAUCAGCAGCGCAGACCCAGCAGCGUCCCGCGCCGUGCAGUGCCACCCACGUGGCCAUCAGGUGCCCACAGAGCGCCACCAGCAGCGCCAACAGCAGCGCCAACCGCGCCGGACACGUGGUCACCAGCCACACAACGAGCGUCACCAGGAGCUCGCAACGAGCGGCCCCGCGCCCUCAGCAGCGUUCAGCGCCCAUCGAGCGUCAUUUGCACCACCAGCAGCACCCACCGAGCGCCACCAGCAGCGACCUCAGCGGCAUCCGCGCCCAACGCACAGCCCUACGAGCGGCUACCACCGAGCGCCAUCAAGCAGGGCAACAGCAGUGCCAACCGAGCGCUCACCACACCGAUCAGCGCUGCCGCGCGUCAGUCGCGCCACGGGAAGCGCCCACCCACGUGUUCAUCAGGAGCGCCCAACGAUCAGCGCCGCCGCUCACCAGCCGCGCUCACCGAGCGCCAUCCGGAGCGCCAGCCUCAGCAGCGCCCACCGAGCGGCUUCCGCGCCCUCAGUAGCGUUCAGCGCCCAUCAGCAGCGCCCAGCGAGCGGCGUUAGUGCCCAACAGGCGCCCUCAGCAGCGCCAACCGAGCGCCAAUCACCGCGCCCACAGCAGCGUUGCCGCUCACCAGCCGCACUCACCGAGCGCCAACGGGAGCGCCAGCCGCAACCACAUCGGUCAGCCACUGCCUCACGUAAGCAGCACCUGCCGUGCGCCCGCCGCAUCACGCCCCUGGUAGCGCCCAGCGCCCAGUCACGCCACUAG